GCGGUGGCGAGCGGGUGCUGAUGGGGGACGAAAAGGACACCUGGAAAGUGAAAACACUCGACGAAAUUCUCCAAGAGAAGAAACGCAGAAGGGAGCUGGAGGAGAGUACGGAGCCCAAACGUCUGAAAAAUGUAAACGGAAGAGAAAUGCUGUGGUGCCCCAAACUGACCACUAUACCCUAGUACCCCCUAUACACUUGAGGAGAUCUGAAAAGAGAUUGGGAUAAGGAAUGUGGAAAUGGCUCCACCUUGCCCCCUGAUAAACUAGGUGAAAUGUUUGCCAUUUUGCUUACACAUAUCUGAUAGCUCAGAUCUCCACCUGACAAUGGGCUAGGGGUUGAUUUGGGGCACAUUGUUUCUCUUCCCCCAUCAGAGGAUGCUGGUUCCCAUUUUGACUUAAUCGUGUAUCGUGUUUAUCUAAAUGUAUCACACAGACUAGAGCUGUACUUGUACUAGUGCCUCAAACUUAUUAUAAUCUUACCUUAUGUGCAAUCAAUCAUUGUUAUGGUUACCAUACAGUGUUUUUUUAGAACAUGUUUUUUGGGGGGGUGGGUCUAAAAUGUCCCCUCUUUCUCAUGUCUUGUCCAGUGCGUUCCGUGCCCUGUUCCACAGACGGAUGAUCGGGAAGCCAAACGGGACACUCCGGAAGAAGGAGAACUACGGGAUAAAAACAUGGAAAUAACAAUACGGAAUUCCCCGUACAUACGGGAAGAUUCCACAGAGGACAGGUAAAGGGGAUGCGAAAAAAGAGCCGUGGGAAUUGGGGUCACGUUCAGGCGGGCCCGAUAAUGGAGAAAAAAUGUUUCAAAACUGAACUUAUUCCUUUGAAUACAUUUUCUCCCAUUUUUGUCCCAACUGAACGCCACCCUGCUAUGCACAGGGGCAGCCUGUUUGUUGAGUCGUUGGCACUAGACAGUCUUCCCAAUUCCAGGGGAGAAGAGGAUGAAUCGCUGGCAAUAAAGCCUCCCCAGCAAAUUACCAGAAAAGACAAAUCUCACCACAGAAAGGAGGAGAAGAGAAAGGACAAGAGACGCCGCCGCAGUCACUCUGCUGAAGGAGGUACGUUGCCAUCCUGGGACGUGUAUCGCUGUAGAAUGCUGCAUAGUGUGGUGUUAAACUGUAUUUAUGCAUAUGUAGCACCUAUUAGCACGCUGUCACAUUUUGUAUUUAUCACAGCAGCAGGGAAACGCGUGCGGCCCAAAGACAAGGACAGGGAGAGUGAGCGAAGAAAGCGGCAGUGGGAGGAGCAAGACAAGGCCCGGCGAGACUGGGAGAGGCAGAAACGCAGGGAACAGGCCAGAGCCCAAUCCCGCAGAGAGAGGUGACCACUGACUACUGUGACCACACACAAAUAUACACACACACACACACACACGUGUGUAUUAGCGUGGCUUGUAUUAGCAAAUAUGUACUACAGAACAAAGAAAUUACUUGUGUUCAAACGUAUGAAGUUGUCAACAUGUCUGUUUAUCAGUGGCCUCUCAUACUGUACACCUCAAUCAGAAUAUGACCCCCAAGAGUGGGGCAAGUUUGAACAAAACAGUUUCAAGAGCGUAGACCACCAAAAAAAACCAUCAGAUGUCAUAUUGCUUAGUCUACCUUUUAAACGUGCAGAUCCUCAAACAGUCACACUGUGGUCAGCCAUCAUGUUUACUGUGCAGUUACCUGUCACACUGUAUGCUGUACUCUUCCCCUUCCCUGAAGCAGACAUUAACGGUGUGGGGUGGGUGGCUUUUGGGUUUCUGGAGAGCUCCUGACAGGAUUCCCCCGUCUUCCCCGGACUACAGGGACAGGUUGGAGCAGGUGGAGCGCCAGCGCGAGAGGGACCGCAAGCUCCGCGAGCAGCAGCAGAAGGAGCAGCGUGAGCAGAAGGAGAGGGAGAGAAGGGCAGAGGAGCGCCGGAAAGAGCGCGAGGUGCGCCGAGAAGGUCAGGCUUUACACAUGCACAUUCGCACACACACACGUAAGGUUCAAGUUUAUAGCUUUAUAGUGUGCGUGAAUGUACACUACCAGUCAAAAGUUUGGACACACCUACUCAUUCAAGGGGUUUUUCUUUUCUUUUUUUUUACUAUUUCUUACGUUGUAGAAUAAUAGUGAAGACAUCAAAACGAUGAAAUAACACAUAUGGAAUCAUGUAGUAACCAAAAAAGUGUUAAAAACAAAUCAAAAUAUAUUUUAUAUUUGAGAUUCUAUUCUUUGCCUUGAUGACAGCUUUGCACACUCUUGGCAUUCUCUCAACCAUCUUCAUGAGGUAGUCACCUGGAAUGCAUUUCAAUUAACAGGUGUGCCUACUUAAAAGUUAAUUUGUGGAAUUUCUUUCCUUAAUGUUUUUGAGCCAAUCAGUUGUGUUGUGACAAGGUAGGGGGGAUAUACAGAAGAUAGCCCUAUUUGGUGAAAGACCAAGUCCAUAUUAUGGCAAGAACAGCUCAAAUAACAAAAGAGAUUACUUUAAGACAUGGUCAGUCAAUACGGAACUUUUCAAGCACUUGGAAAGUUUCUUCAAGUGCAGUCGCAAAAACCAUCAAGCGCUAUGAUGAAACUGCCUCUCAUAAGGACCACCACAGUAAUGGAAGACCCAGAGUUACCUCUGCUGCAGAGGAUAAGUUCAUUAGUUACCAGCCUCAGAAAUUGCAGCCCAAAUAAAUGCUUCAUAGAGUUCAAGUCACAGACACAUCUCAACAUAUACUGUUCAAAGGGGACUGUGUGUGAAUCAGGCCUUCAUGGUCGAAUUGCUUCAAAGAAACCACUACUAAAGGACACCAAUAAGAAGAAGAGACCUGCUUGGGCCAAGAAACACGAGCAAUGGACUUUAGACCGUUGGAAAUUUGUCCUUUGGUUUGGAGUCCAAAUUUGAGAUUUUUGGUUCCAACUGCUGUGUCUUUGUGAGACGCGGUGUGUGUGAACGGAUGAUUUCCGCAUGUGUAUUUCCCACCGUAAAGCAUGGAGGAGGAGGUGUUAUGGUGUGGGGGUGCUUUGCUGGUGACACUGUGAUUUAUUUAGAAUUCAAGGCACACUUAACCAGCAUGGCUACCACAGCAUUCUGCAGCGAUACACCAUCCAUCUGGUUUGGGUUUAGUGGGACUAUAAUAUGUUUAUCAACAGGACAAUGACCCAACACACCUCCAGGCUGUGUAAGGGCUAUUUGACCAAGAAGGAGAGUGAUGGAGUGCUGCAUCAGAUGACCUGGCCUCCAUAAUACCCCGACCUCAACCCAAUUUGAGAUGGUUUGGGAUGAGUCGGACGGCAGAGUGAAGGAAAAGCAGCCAACAAGUGCUCAGCAUAUGUGGGAACUCCUUCAAGACUGUUGGAAAAGCAUUCCAGGUGAAGCUUGUUGAGAGAAUGCCAAGAGUGUGCAACGCUGUCAAGGCAAAGGGUGGCUAUUUGAAGAAUCUCAAAUAUAUUUUGUUAUACACUUUUUUGGUUACUACAUGAUUCCAUAUGUGUUAUUUCAUAGUUUUGAUGUCAUCACUAUUCUACAAUGUAGAAAAUAGUAAAAAAUAAAGGAAAACCCUUGAAUGAGUAGGUGUGUCCAAACCUUUGACUGGUACUGUACGUCUUUUGAUGUAUGUAAGGACACAUUAUUGGUGAAGGAAGCUAAAUGUGUUGUCCCCCUCUGACAGUUCCGUCCCACCACCGUGCGCUGCCCGAUGAGUACGGUGAGAAGCCCAAACAGAGCCACCGCAGCCGCAGCCCCAUCCCCAACCAGGCUCCCCGGGAUAGACCGGAGCACAAUAGCGAGCCACGCAGAACUGCUGGUGAGACUAACCAAUCAAGAUGGUUUUAGAUAAUAUUGCUUUGAUGGUAGUUAAUUUCAAAACUUAGUUAAGAGUAAAAUAAAUUAAAUCCAUGACUUGUAAUUGUUCUGUGUGAAUAGGGUGCUCAUGUUGUGUUGUGUUUGUGGUCCAGCGGCAAAGGAUGAGAAGCCUGAGGACAAGGACCUUCUCUCUGACCUCCAGGACAUCAGUGACAGCGAGAGGAAGACAAGUACAGGAGAGUCCUCCUUAGGUAGACACUCAUUUACAGUUGCAACAUACCCCACUGUCACUUUACACAAGAUUGGCAUCACAAAAAAGGAAUGAAAACAAAGCACACUCCUACUGAUGUUAAAUCAGUAACAGAGUUCUGUUAUAGAUAUUCAGUCAAGACACAUCUCCUUGUGUUAUAUGUCAAUGUGGGUAGUUUGGCGGUGACAUGGAGUGGAUUUCUCUUCCCUAGGCUCAGGGUCGGGCUCUGACGAUGAGGAGAAUGAUGAAGAUGGAUCUAGCAGUGAGGGAGAGGAAGAGGAAUCGGGUUCAGGCUCAGGAGAAUCUGACCAGACUGCAGGUCUGCUGAAUUUGUGUGUGUCUGUGUUAUCGUGAUUGUGUGCGUGAUCGUGCGCAUGUCUUAUCCCUUACUACCAUUACGGUGUUGUCACAGUGAUAUGGUUCUGACCCACCCAUUGUCUGUGUUUCAGGUGACGUGAGUGAAGACGAGCGGUCUGAGGAAGAGUUUGAGGAAGAGAGAGAGAACAGCAACCAUAUUCCCCCAGGUAGGCAUUUCACACCCCAUUUGUCUGGUGGCAGUCAUUUGAACAGGUAUUAUUAUUAUGUCAUGUCUGAGAGUAAAGUUUGUUUUGACUGGUCUUGAAGCUUGUUUAUCUAAAAAGGUUAGGAGUUCUUACUCAACCAGCUGCUAGAUGCUAUUUUGUCCUGUUUCAAUAAGUUAUAACUGCCCCCUCAUUAACCAUCACAGUGCCUGAGUCCCGGUUUGACCACGACACUGAAGAAAGUGGAGAGGAGGAGGAGGAGGAGGAAGAGGAGGAGGAGGAGGAGGCGGAGGCAGGGGAGGGAGACGUCACCCCCCAGUCGGUGUCUCACUCCCACUCAGCCACCCCUGAGCCUGAGGAGAACUACAUCCCCGACUCUCCCCCCAUCUCCCCGGUGGAGCUAAAGAAGGAGCUGCCCAAGUACCUGCCAGCUUUACAGGUCUGUGUUUGGAAGCACACCACACCUGGGUCAAAUACCUGUUUGUUUUAUUUCAAAUACCUGAGGUGCGCUUGACCUAGCUUGCCCGGUACAAUGGGGCCCAAUAGAAUAUUCCAAGAAAUGCUCAAGUAUUUGACAAAGCUAAUACAUAUUUGACCCAGACCUGUACACACACCAAAUCGACGUGUUGAUUGACAUUGGUUUCAUGUCUUUUCCAGGGGUGUCGCAGUGUCGAGGAGUUCCAGUGUCUUAAUCGUAUCGAGGAAGGGACCUACGGCGUGGUGUACAGGGCCAAGGACAAAAAAACAGGUACAGUGCCUUCAGAAAGUAUUCAGACCCCAUCACUUUUUCCACAUUUUGUUACGUUACAGCCUUAUUCUAAAAUGGAUUAAAUUAAUUGUUUUCCUCAUCAUUCUACACACAAUACCCCAUAAUGACUAAGCGAAAACAGGUUUUUAGAAAUGUAUUAAGAAUGAAGAACAGAAAUACCUUAUUUACAUAAGUAUUCAGACUCUUUGCUAUGAGACUCGAAAUUGAGCUCCGGUACAUCCUGUUUCCAUUGAUCAUCUUUGAGAGGUUUCUACAACUUCAUUGGAGUCCACCUGUGGUAAAUUCAAUUGAUUGGAUAUGAUUUGGAAAGGCACACACACCUGUCUAUAUAAGAUCCCACAGCUGACAGUGCAUGUCAGAGCAAAAACCAAGCCAUGCAUGAAGGAAUUGUCCGUAGAGUUCCGAGAAAUAAUUGUGUCGAGGCAUGGAUCUGGGGAAGGGUACCAAAAAAUUUCUGCAGCAUUGAAGGUCCCCAAGAACACAGUGGCCUCCGUCAUUCUUAAAUGGAAGAAGUUUGGAACCACCAAGACUCUUCCUAGAGCUGGCCGCCCGGCCAAACUGAGCAAUCAGGGGAGAAGGGCCUUGGUCAGGGAGGUGACCAAGAACCGAUGGUCACUCUGACAGAGCUCCGGAGGUCCUCUGUGGAGAUCAGAGAAACUUCCAGAAGGACAACCAUCUCUGCAGCAUUCCACCAAUCAGGUCUUUAUGCUAGUGGCCAGGCGGAAGCCACUCCUCAGUAAAAGGCACAUGACAGCCCACUUGGAGUUUGCCAAAAGGCACCUAAAGGACUCUCAGACCAGGAGAAAAGAGAUUAUCUUUGGCCUGAAUGCCAAGCAUCACGUCUGGAGGAAACCUGGCACCAUCCCUAUGGUGAUGGCAGCAUCAUGCUGUGGGGAUGUUUUUCAGCAGGAGGGACUGGGAGACUAGUCAGGAUCGAGGUAAAGAUGAACGGAGCAAAGUACAGAGAGAUCCUUGAUGAUAUCCUGCUCCAGAGUGCUCAGGACCUCAGACUUGGGGCUAAGGUUCACCUUCCAACAGGACAAUGACCCUAAGCACACAGCCAAGACAACGCAGGAGUGGCUUCGGGACAAGUCUCUGAAUGUCCUUGAGUGGCCCAGCCAGAGCCCGGACUUGAACCCGAUCGAACAGCUCUGGAGAGACUUGAAAAUAGCUAUGCUGCGACGCUCCCCAUCCAACCUGACAGAGCUUGAGAGGAUCUGCAGAGAAGAAUGGGAGAAAUUCCCCAAAUACAGGUGUGCCAAGCUUUUGUAGCAUCAUACCCAAGAAGACCUGAGGCUGUAAUCGCUGCCAAAGGUGCUUCAACAAAGUACUGAGUGAAUGGUCUGAAUACUUAUGUAAAUGUCAUAUUUCUGUUUUUCUGUUUUAAUAAAUUUGCACACAUUUCUGAAAACCUGUUUUUGCUUUGUCAUUAUGGGGUAUUGUGUGUAGAAAACAAUUUAAUCAAUUUUAGAAUAAGGCUGUAACGUAACAAAAUGUGGAAAAAGUCAAGGGGUCUGAAUGCUUUCCGAAUGCACUGUAUGUGGGCUACCUUGCAAUCGAUUUCCAAUCCAUCCCUGGACUCCGACACACACUAAAACAUGCCUUUCCCUUUCAGAUGAGAUUGUGGCCUUGAAGCGUCUGAAGAUGGAGAAGGAGAAAGAAGGUUUCCCCAUCACGUCUCUGAGAGAGAUCAACACCAUUCUGAAGGCCCAGCACCCCAACAUCGUCACUGUCAGGGUGAGGAGCAUAGAAAUACAUCUCAUAUUGGUAUUCUAUUUCUAUGGUGAGCAGCACACACCUGAUUCAGAGGAAGCCCCCUCAAUAUUAUUUAGAAAUUAGUUUUGUUUAGCUCCUUUCAUCUGAAAGUGUAUCACAAAUUCAAGUUAUAAAAUGGUGGUAAAAAACGGAUAAAAUAGCAAGGUAUACUAGUGCUAGCUGAACUUGUACUUAAUCCUGUUUUCUCCCAUGUUAGGAAAUCGUUGUUGGAAGCAACAUGGACAAGAUCUACAUUGUUAUGAACUACGUGGAGCACGACCUGAAGAGCUUGAUGGAGACCAUGAAACAGCCUUUCCUGCCAGGUAACUUUGUGGGAUACAGUUUGAGUUGGACUAAAUACAGUACGCUUAUGUCCGCCAGCCAUUUUCCCAUGUCAUGUGGCUAGGUAAGUGGUGCUCUGUUUCGAAUUAAAAUGAAAUGUGUGCUCUGGUGGGUUCUCUUUGUUUACCUAGCAAAUGUAGUCAUACUUCUGUGGUGACCAUGCUACCACAAGGGUUAGUACUUCUUCCCAGGCAAUGUGGUCUGGGGUUUAAAUGAUUGUUUUAAUGUAAGCUUAUGAGCUCCUGUCUCUCUCGUUUCCUCUUUUUCGUCGGCCUCAGGCGAAGUGAAGACCCUGAUGAUCCAGCUGCUGCGAGGCGUCCGCCAUCUCCACGACAACUGGAUCCUCCACCGCGACCUGAAGACCUCCAACCUGCUGCUCAGUCACAAGGGGAUCCUUAAGGUGCCCUAGAUGUCUUCUUGUAUUAUAUUAUUCUAUGUCCCAUUAUAUUAAUAUUAAAACCACUGUGGGUUGGGAACUUCAGAUGAGGAUUAGAUCAUCCAUGGCUCGGAUGAAGAAAUACUAGGCUCUAGGCUUGUUGAUGACAAAGAAUAAUGACUUUAAUGUGUGUGAGAGUGUGUGCUUGCCUCAUAGGCAUCUUUGUAAUGUUUGUUGCGCUGUUCUAGGUGGGGGACUUUGGUCUGGCCCGUGAGUAUGGUUCUCCCCUGAAGCCCUACACGCCUGUUGUGGUGACCCUGUGGUACCGUUCUCCAGAGCUGCUGCUGGGAGCCAAGGUGAGUCGAAACUUAAGCACAGAUCUAGAAUCAGUUUACCCUCCCCAAAUCCUAAUUACCAUUUGUGGGAUGACAUGCAAAACCGACCUUUGAUCAGUGUCUCAGGGGCAACAUAGCCACACAGUAACUAACCUCGUUCCCAGGCUAUUGAGCGCAGCGCAUAUCAACGAUUCAAAGUUGGCCUUGGUGGGAGUGACCAUAGAAUUCUAUGGGAGUGACAUUACUGAGUAAAGUAUUUGUCCUAAUAAAGAAAUUUGCGAAUCACAUGACUGCAAAGCGUAGCUCUGUGCUUGUGGUGUACUAGUUUAGGUGGAAGGUGUUAUGGGAGAUGAUUGGUUGGUAGAUUAAGCUAAUGCCUAUGCACCAGGAGUUUCUGAUGGUCUUUCUGUAUUGGCUAACGAAGGCCAAGUUUGGCGUGUUGGUCCACCAGACUCUUCGCAUUUGGGCGGAAGUGUCUGGGAACGAGAUUACACACCUGCAUUCGGAGACACAACAAUACUAUGUCAAAAUACCUCUGGUCUACACAGACUCAAAAAAACUACUUCUGAGUCAAAACGUCUCAAGAAACAUAAAAGUAAUCAAAGACCCUCUACAGUCAAAAUGGUGCCAUUCUAAACCCUAAAUAAGUCCCUACCUGACUGUGAACCUUAACACACCCAGACAACACAACACAUACUUUGUACACCUUCAAGUAGUGUAGAAGUAUGCGGUUCUGAACAUAGCCCAAGACUACAUACACACAGCACCAAGUCAAAGGUUGUCCACGCCCAGACUAUACACUCCAACCCAGACUUGUGUAGUGCUAUCUGUUCCUUGGAAUACUGUGGUUUUAGCGAGUGUGUGUUUUUCUCUCCACAGGAGUACUCCACAGCUGUGGACAUGUGGUCUGUGGGCUGCAUAUUUGGAGAGCUCCUUACCCAGAAACCUCUCUUCCCUGGAAAAUCUGAAAUCGACCAAAUUAACAAGAUAUUUAAGGUUAGCUCAUUUUGAUCAAGAAGUCCAUUUACUUCAUACUGUCUGGAACGUAAUAGCACUUUACCCCCACGCCUACAUCUGAAUACAUUCUUGAUAGCCACCACAUGUGUUUUUGUGAGUUUUGCAGUUUUAUGAUCUCUCCACAGGGUGGCAGAGUUAUGAAUAGAAUAUAGUCGGAUUAAAUGGAUUUCAUGUGACGACACAAUCUAUUUUUCAGAAAGCGACAAUGACCCAGUCUCUUUUAGAUACAGUGUGAUGUAACAGUCUUGUCUGACUGGGUAAACUGUAAAACUCUGAUUAAAAGCUGUGCUCUUGACUGUGCUCCAGCACUCCUCACUUAGCAGUUCCUAACAUACCAGACAAAGUGGGGACCCCCCCCCCCCCCCCCACACACACACACACACACACACACACACACACACACAUUAACUCUGUGUCUGUGUGUUGAUGCGUGUUCUCGCCAGGACUUGGGGUCGCCCAGCGAGAAGAUUUGGCCGGGCUACAACGAGCUCCCUGCCGUGAAGAAGAUGACUUUCACAGAGUACCCCUACAACAACAUGCGUAAGCGCUUCGGAGCCCUGCUUUCAGACCAGGGCUUCGACCUCAUGAACAAGUACGUCUACUCAACUUCAGCCUUGCACUUACCUCUAACCAUCUCAACCACAUGGUUAAUUACAACACUAUUCAUUACUAACCUAUUUACACCAAACCUCAGACUUACUCUAAAUUCAACCUCAACUGAACGGUAUAUCUAAAGUUAGUGAAUGCAUUAUUUUGACCUAAUUCUUAAUUAUCCAUCAACCUGAAAGACUAUUGUGUAUGCAUCAAUGUGCACGUGUGUGCGUGUGUCUGCGGCAGUGUGCUCUUUACUCUUUCAGCAGGGGGUUUAACAUCAGCAUUGCUAUGCCUUGAUGUAAUGUGCGUCUGCCGUCAGGUCUGCCCUGUGAUAUGCUCGCCAUGUCUUCUGCUUCAGUCACUGCACUCUUGGCAAGCUGACUAUAAACAGGACAGAGAAGAAGCGUCUUGGCGUUGCAUCAAAGUACCUCAGCCCUCCUCCAUACCUGUGUUGCAUUUCACAGACAGACCAGCUUUGGUUUUUAUUUAUUGGGUUGCAUGUGUCUCACAACUUCAGUAAAGCAGGGCCUAUCAUAAAUGAGUAGGCUAGGAUAUUUUACACGCAACAGACCGAAGACUGAACACACUAGCAUCAUUAGCGAAGAGAAGGAGCAGGCGAGCCAGCAAGAUGGUGAGAGGAUGAGGCAGGCAGAAUGAACCAUGCGCAUAUGUCUUGGUAAUCUGUAUCUCGCAUAUUUACCAAAGUAGCCUUAAGUUCACCUUUUCCACCCUGGUUUUAUUUAAAUUACAUAACUUUCCCCAGGCCUUUAUAGCAGAUCAUCUAGUUAGGCUAUAACACGGCAAAUAAUAUGUUUUGUGAUAACUACACAGUGAUUUACAUUUUGUGAGAAAAAACUAACAUUGUUUUUCAGUUAGGGAUUUUUUCUAAACGCUAACGAUAUCAAUUUAGUUUAAACAUUCACACCCCUAUUAUUUGCAUCACACACCUGUAAUGGGUGGCCAUGUACGGCCAAGGGAGGGGCUGGGGUCAGCUUUUGGGUGAAGUUUGACACCAGUCCAACUGAGUGGAAUGCAGCAACAGUCACAUGACCCAGGAAGUGCAAUGACCCCUGGCCAGUGGCUGCUAGCCGUCUCAUUAGACCUUGACCGCCUGUGGUCCGGACUGCCUUCAGCCGCAGGACUGGACUGGAGUAACAGUCUAUCCAUGGAGUGUGUAGGCUUUCCAGAUGGACAUGGCAGUCCUGUUUCAGUUUGGAACAUCACACUUCUUCAUGGCACCAGGCUGUAGGGGGAGAGUUUAGGGCUGUGGUGAAGUGUGCAUCUCACAUACCAGGACGUGUACUCCGAGCAUGUGCUGACCAGCUGGCAAGUGUCUUCACAGACAUUUUCAACAUGUCCCUGACUGAGUCUGUAAUACCAACAUGUUUCAAGCAGACCACCAUAGUCCCUGUGCCCAAGGACACUAAGAUAACCUGCCUAAAUGACUACCGACCCGUAGCACUCACGUCUGUAGCCAUGAAGUGCUUUGAAAGGCUGGUCAUGGCUCACAUCAACAGCAUUAUCCCAGAAACCCUAGACCCACUCCAAUUUGCAUACCGCCCCAACAGAUCCACAGAUGAUGCAAUCUCUAUUGCACUCCACACUGCCCUUUCCCACCUGGACAAGAGGAACACCUACAGCUCAGCGUUCAACACCAUAGUGCCCGCAAAGCUCAUCACUAAGCUAAGAAUCCUGGGACUAAACACCUCCCUCUGCAACUGGAUCCUGGACUUCCUGAUGGGCCGCCCCCAGGUGGUAAGGGUAGGUAACAACACAUCUGCCACGCUGAUCCUCAACACGGGGCCCCUCAGGGGUGCGUGCUCAGUCCCCUCCUGUACUCCAUGUUCACCCAUGACUGCAUGGCCAGGCACGAUCAUUAAGUUUGCUGACGACACAACAGUGGUAGGCCUGAUCUCCGACAACGAUGAGACAGCCUAUAGGGAGGAGGUCAGAGACCUGGCCGUGUGGUGCCAGGAUAACAACCUCUCCCUCAACGCGAUCAAGACAAAGGAGAUGAUUGUGGACUACAGGAAGAAAGAAAAAGAGGACUGCGCACGCCCCCAUUCUCAUCGACGGGGCUGUAGUGGAACAGGUUGAGAGCUUCAAGUUCCUUGGUGUCCACAUCACCAACGAACUAUCAUGGUCCAAACACUCCAAGACAGUCGUGAAGAGGGCACGACAAAGCCUAUUCCCCCUCAGGAGACUGAAAAGAUUUGGUAUGGGUCCUCAGAUCCUCAAAGUUAUACAGCUGCACCAUCGAGAGCAUCCUGACUGGUUUCAUCACCGCCUGUUAUGGCAACUGCUCGGCCUCCGAUCGCAAGGCACUACAGAGGGUAGUGCGUACGGCCCAGUACAACACUGGGCCAAGGUUCCUGCCAUCCAGGACCUCUAUACCAGGCGGUGUCAGAGGAAGGCCCUCAAAAUUGUCAAAGACUCCAGCCACCCUAGUCAUAGACUGUUUUGAAUUAGGGCUGGCCCCCACAAAAAUAAAAUCUUGGUUUGUUCUAAUCAAAUCUUGGUUUGUUCUAAUUGAUUGGUCUACAUUUUAACACGUGUUUUUUCCAUAUAUUGACACAUCCUAUGUGUUUUAAUCAAAUCAACUAUAUUUACUGAGCUUGUCUGGUUAAAUAAUUAAGACACACAAAUGACUAGAGGGAGUCCGACCAGCAAUUGAUUUGAUUGUGCCGGGCUAGGCUCAGACUUGCUGCGCUGUGUUUAAAAAUAUAUAUAUUUAAAAAAUGAAGACAGUGAGUGACUGUGACUAGCACCCGUUGUCUCUUUCUCCUCCCUGCUGCAGCGACCACCACAGAACAUCAAAGUGUUUAUCGCGCUGUCCGUGUUGCUGAAGCUGCAACAUAAUUACAGCCAAUUCUGACUGGAAAGUUCUGUUACCGAAAUCCCUCAUUCGUUUAGGAAAAAUAUUCCCUAUUCCCUCAACCCUUGCUCUCUCUUUACGUGACACGUAUGCAUCUUGUGCACGUGACCAAAGACCUAUUGUACGGCGCUAGUAUUACUAGAGAACGUUGGUUAUGUAAUUACUACUACAGAAUAUCCAUUAUUCUAGAGGACAAUUCGGACGGGAUUAGUUUUAUUCCAAAUUGCCCCCUGUAAUUCGUUUUCUUAAAUUUAUUUAUUAUUUAUAAAUUUACAGUUAUGACGGAAGCCUGGAGGUUUUUAUUCUAGGCGUGAAUAUACAGUAUUUCAACAUGUCCAGGUGAUCGGGCUACUCUGAUAACUCUAGCUUGGUUCCCAAGUUUCUAAACCAUACCAAACCAUCAUUCAUAUAGUGUCGACAUAAUAUUUGAAUUGAGGAAUUGUGACCAUAAUCAUUAGGAUAUAUUAGCGAUCCGCAGUACGUCCUAAAUGCCCCCCAGCCUUCAGAUGUGAGCGAAACAGUGCAAUUGCGCUUGAGAUGCGUUUUAAGGCUAUGGAUGAGAAAGUUAACUUAUCAUUUCCAAACGUUUAAGUCAGUUGUAUGCUGCUUUGCUAUCUAUUAACAGCAAGGGUUGCAUUAAAUAGGCUCUAUUUUUUUACUGAUGCAUUUGGCAAUAUUCAAUUAAUAGGCAUAUAUAGCUUAUGCGCAGCACUUAGUUAAAUUUAUGGAAUCAGUUAUUGUUUUCAUGUGCAAACCGCGAGCAACACCUGUCAAACUCAGACAUUUCUCUCAAAACACAGGGAUGUCGAUUAGCACAGGACUAGUAUUAUCAGAGAACCUUGAAGUUUGCCAAAAAACAGUAGGCUAUUCAGUCUGGAAUUGUUACUCUCCUGCCAUGUAAAAAUUACUGCCAUGGAGGGUACAGACCAGACUAAAAUUACAGAUGUUUUGUGCUCGUGCACAUAAUUACAUUACCCGACCUCCCCCAGUAAAACUAAUCCCGUCUGAAUUGGGUACAAUGGGGCCUGACCUAUAGCAUAUCUUAAAGCCUACUAAUGUUAAUGACACUACUUAUGAUCAUAACAUCAUGUCCCCUGUAGCUCAGUUGGUAGAGCAUGGUGCUUGCAACGCCAGGGUUGUGGGUUCGUUUCCCACUGGGGGCCAGUAUGAAAAUGUAUGCACUCACUAACUGUAAGUCACUCUGGAUAAGAGCCUCUGCUAAAUGACUAAAAUGUAAAUAACAAUAAGAAGGAGAUCAAGAAAAAGGAGUGAUGUUAUUAUAAAUAUUAUUUUUCUGACAAUUUGGAACAGUCUGAACACUAAAUCAAUUAUAAAUAAUACCAGAGGCUGUUCUAAUGGGAAAAAAGUGUAAAUCCUUUAUUACAGCAAAGAUUGAAUUUGUGAAAUAGUUUACUUGACAUGUUGUUGAGUGAGGCUUGGUGCUCACGGAAUCAGUAGGCUAUUAAACAAACACUCAAACAGGCAACAGAAGCAGGACCUGUCUUAUUUCUGUAGAUUUAUUGAUGUAUAAAGCCAGGCACAUUUAACAGUUAGGCUACUGAUUAUAGACCUAAUUAAGUUAGGGUUUCCUCGCUCCUCACUUUUCUUAGACAAUAAGGCAAGGGCUGUUUUCUCAUCUCAUUCUGCUGCUGCCUCCGCCACAUUGUUCUCAACACCAAUAUGCUGGUUAACUUUGCUAUUAUGCACAUAGCAACAUGGUCUAGGAAAAGGUGCCAAUUCAACAGCGGGAGAAAGCGCAUUUUGUUAUAAAAUAAUAUUAUUUUUAUUAGUGUUUCUCCAUUUUUCUUAUGUAAUAUAACUAUAUACAGUUUCAGUAGCACAUGUCGUAGACUGAUGGACUGUGCCAUCCCCACUGCCUCCACAAUGGAUAAGUCCACUCACAGGCGCGAAUUAGACAGGUGUCUUGUACACCAUGAUAUUUUAUUUUUUGCUACUGCUCGGCUAAAGAAAUCUCAGUCGACCAAACAAUCGACCAGUCGACUAAAUAGGGUAAGCCCUAAUCUCAAUAGUUUAAAGGGGACUUCUUCUCAUCGGCAUCUCUCCAACUUCUCUGAUGUGAAAUAACUGGACAGACGAAAGACAACUCUUGGAAGGCGUUCAAUUCAAAACAAUGUUAUUAAUCCCGGAAGGUCAAGAUUGCAUUGUGUCAGCCUUGUUGCUUUCACUUACCUUGUGUGUUCAGAUGAGAUGAGGGAAAGGACGCCGCUUUAGACUAUGGAGAGGGACCCCAUGUGCUCUGUGGAAUCUCUAAAACAGAUUACAGAAGUGCUGCCAUUUUGAGUGACCUCUGCCGCCCCUGGCCUUGACCUUUUCCCUUUCCCCAAGGUUCCUCACCUACUGCCCCAGCAAGAGGAUCCUGUCGGACGAGGCACUGAAGCACGAGUAUUUCCGGGAGACGCCACAGCCCAUCGACCCGUCCAUGUUCCCCACCUGGCCUGCCAAGAGCGAGCAACAGAGGGUGAAGAGGGGCACCAGCCCGCGCCCCCCCGAGGGAGGCCUGGGCUACAGUCAGCUGGUGAGGCUGAGUUUAACUCUACAUCCCUAUGUCGACCUAGGGUUUGACAUCUGAGCUCAGUUUCUGUCAUACACAGAUUGUUGACCUACAGCACUUUACUAUGUGUUGUCGAGACAUUCUCCCACUGCUUACUACUUAUGUUUCUAGAAUACAUUAUUUCUGUUUAUUAUUAUAACAGCAAUGUACCUCAUCAGCUAAAGUGUGUGGCUUGUCCUCUCUCCAGGGUGACGAUGACCUGAAAGACACAGGCUUCCAUCUGACCACCAGCAACCAAGGGGCUUCUGCUGUGGGCCCAGGGUUCAGCCUCAAGUUC